GUGGAGAUUCUUCUAAUCAGACGAACAAAACAAUGGGUGAUGAGAUUCCGCCGCCGGUAGAUCAACUAGCCGCCGUCUCCUUGACCAGCGACGAAUCCUCCUCCUCAACAGUGCAGAAAGCGCGGUUUUCAGAUCGAAUCCGGAUCCAAUCGAUUCUGGUUCGACCCGACGGCGGAGCGGGUCUCGCGGGUCAAAAAGUCCGGAUCAGCGGGUGGGUCAAAACCGGAAGGGAGCAAGGGAAAGGAGCAUUCGCGUUCCUCGAGGUGAACGAUGGUUCGUGCCCAGCUAACCUCCAGGUUAUGGUGGACUCCUCCGUAUCGGAUCUCUCUAAGCUGAUCGCGACGGGGACUUGCGUGACCGUCGAUGGGGUUUUGAAGCUUCCUCCGGAAGGUAAAGGGACGAAGCAGAAGAUCGAGCUUAGCGUUGUGGAGGUGGUUGAUGUUGGUACGGUGGAUCCGGGUAAAUACCCGAUUCCUAAGACGAAGCUUACUCUUGAGAGGUUGAGAGAGUUUCUUCAUCUUCGUGCAAGGACCAACUCGAUCUCAGCUAUUGCAAGAAUCAGACAUGCGCUUGCUAUGGCUACACACACCUUCUUUGAUGAAGAAGGUUUCCUUUACGUUCAGACUCCGAUUAUCACCACAAGUGACUGCGAAGGAGCUGGUGAGAUGUUCCAGGUGACUACUCUGAUCAGUACAACCGAGAAGCUUGAGAGGGAACUCAUUGAGAACCCUCCUCCUACGGAGGCCGACGUCGAAGCUGCCAGAGUCGUCGUCAAGGAGAGAGGCGGAGCUGUGGCGGAGCUCAAAGCUGCUAAAGCGAGCAAGGAAGCGAUCGCUGCUUCAGUUGCUGAGCUCAACGAUGCGAAGACUCAUUUAGCUAGGACUGAAGAGAGGUCGAGGCUCAAGCCUGGUUUGCCUAAAGUCGAUGGGAAGAUUGAUUACUCUCAAGAUUUCUUUGGUCGUCAAGCUUUCUUGACGGUUUCUGGGCAGUUGCAAGUGGAGACUUAUGCUUGUGGUCUUAGCGAUGUGUACACGUUUGGUCCCACUUUCAGGGCGGAGAACUCUCACACCUCAAGGCAUCUUGCUGAGUUCUGGAUGGUUGAGCCUGAGCUUGCUUUCGCUGAUCUUGAGGAUGAUAUGAACUGCGCAGAGGCAUAUGUGAAAUACAUGUGCAAGUGGCUGCUUGAGAAGCGUUAUGAUGAUAUGGAACUGAUGGCUAAGAACUUCGACAAAGGCUGCAUUGACAGGCUGAAACUCGUUGCCUCGACCCCGUUUGGUCGUCUAACAUACACGGAAGCGAUAAAGAUACUUGAGGAAGCUGUGGCUAAAGGAAAGAAAUUUGAUAACGACGUGGAAUGGGGUAUCGACUUAGCAUCUGAGCACGAAAGAUACUUGACAGAGGUUGUGUUUCAGAAGCCACUUAUUGUCUACAACUACCCGAAAGGAAUCAAAGCUUUCUACAUGAGACUUAACGAUGAUGGAAAGACUGUUGCUGCCAUGGAUGUCCUCGUUCCGAAGGUGGGAGAACUGAUUGGUGGAAGCCAAAGAGAAGAACGUAUUGACGUCAUCAUGGAAAGGCUCGAGGAGAUUGGUCUACCAGUGGAGCCAUACGAGUGGUACUUGGACUUGAGACGUUACGGAACAGCGAAGCAUUCAGGAUUUGGACUUGGGUUCGAGCGUAUGGUUCUGUUUGCUACAGGGAUGGACAACAUCAGAGACGUUAUUCCCUUCCCUCGUUAUCCUGGAAGAGCUGAUCUUUGAGAUCACCUCUGCACCAAAAUUGCAAACAUACUUUUAUUGCUUUUAUGUUGCUGGGUCCGGUUUAUAUUACCGGUUUCGGUUAGCUAUACUUUUUUUAAAGUUUUUACCUUGUAAUGUUUGAAAUGUUACUUUAUAGAUCUACAUAUGGAACUGGUUUUGUUGGGUUA